UCUUGGCAUGCGUAGGCCGAAGGAGGAAUCAGGGGGAGAAUUGAACAGGACCGAGGGGCAUGGCGUAGUGCUCGUUUUGGGGAUUGCUGGGAGAUCAAAGGACGCGAAAGAGGGUCUGGCCGCUCUCGAGCGGUUCGAGGACCGGUGAGCAUCGCGACGGGGCGAGCAACCCCGUUGCUUCGGCCAACGUCUAACAACCCUCCCGUCUGUCACUGUCGACGAACAACAGAACAGAUGUCCUGACAGCGGGCCCCGGGCCACCAGGAUGCCGACAGACGACGACUAUGGCCGAAGAGAACGUCUCCUACUGCACCAGCAUCCGAUCCCUCAGUACGGGUCCUCGUCAUCUCCAGUUCCAGGAUCGAACGGCGGCGGGACGUCCGGAAGCGUCGGCUCCCAGUCGAUCGGUUCGACCAGCACUGCUCCGGAUUGUUACAAGCCGUCGGCGCAACAGCAGCAGCAAGCCGAUCUACGAACGAACGGAUCGAGCCACACCGUCGGCCAAGAUCGUUACCAAUCGUCGGAUCAGUCGUCCCAAGGGAACGAGCACGCCGAUUAUGGAGGCCGUGAACGAAUGUCAGGCAUCGUCGAGAGGCACGACAAGUCGACGGACAAGCCAACGAUCGACGAUUUCCCAAAGUCGUCCUGCGGCGCGGAAACGCGCUCGAUACAGUCGAGUUGCGAGCGAUUCGGCCAUUACCAGAACCAGGAGAGGUUCGGUCAGUCUUCGUUGCAGAGCCACCACCACCACCAGUUCACACCAGGCGGCAGAAGCAGCAGCAGCAGCAACAGCGGUGUCUCAACGUCUGGGCAAACGUUGUCCGGCACGGUUAUUCUGGCCGAUCGUUUUCCACGGUUCGCGGAGCUCACCGGCCUCCACGGCGAGCAGAGGCUGUCGCUGGCACCGAGCGAACGCUACCACCAGCCGGCCGGCAGCGCCGAGCUUCGAUUCCAUCAUCCGCCUCCGAGCGAGCUGGUGUCAACCGGAAACGAGUACGCGAACGCGAACAUAUUGGUGUCGGGGUGCUCGGCGACCAGUCCAUUCUCGUCGGAGACGUUCCCCUCGCCGCCGUCACCGGCACCAGCGAACGAUCGUUUCGUACCACCACCGCCCCUGUCGCCCAGCCCGAGCGAGAAGUAUGCCUCGACCCAGAGUCUGGCUGGUUAUCCUGCUGCUGAUAGGAUUCUGGCCCCAGGUUCUCCAAGCGCCAGAUACGGCGGUGGUACGGCACCAGCCUCACCGAUGCCAGCUAAGGAACGAUUCUCGUCGGCCGAGCGACUAUUGGCCAAUCAACAGCCGUCGGGUUCUGUGCACGAGCCCAGCAAGGAUCAGCAACGAUACGCUGGCGCCAGCGAUCGCCUCCUGUCCGGAUCGUCGCCGGUGCUUGGAAGCCUACAAGCUAGUCUACAGGGGGACAGGAGCGGUAUAUACGCCACGAGCAGCAAGGAUUCCACCGGAUCGAGAUACGGCGCAAUUUCCACCGACCGAUUGCUCUCGUCCUCGUCGCCUAUACACGCCCCGGUGCCGGAGAGGUUCGCCAGCAAGUCGACCGAUCGGUAUCUCGGCGAGUCGCCGGUACACGAACGAUACCAUCGGCAGGAAGCGACGUCAUCGGCCAUCCACCAUCACGAUCGUUACUCCACGAUAUCGUCCAGCGCCGAGAGAUUCCUCUCCAACUCGCCUAAUCCCGAGGCCUCUCAUCAGCGUUACUCAGCGUCGGCGGAGCGGUCGGUGUCGCUGCAGGUGGCGUCCGGCGGCAACGACGGACAGAGACGUCUGUACACGACCGACCGAGGCGUCGAGACCGUUUGUCAGAAGUACACGGACAGAUCCAGCGGAUCGCCCGCGCCCACCGACUUCAACAGAUACUCCUCCAGCUUUCAGGAGGUUGGAAACACACCGCAGUCCAGAUACGUCAGCACCGCCGAUCGUUUCAACGAUCUGGCGAUACAACGUUGCGGCCAGUCGCGAGCGAACGAUCGAUUCUGCGUGUCGACCGAUCGUUACCUCGCUGGCUCGUCGCCGGGACACGACGGAAGAGGCCUGGCCAACACCGAGGCGGCGACCAGGUACGUCGGCUCCGGAUCCUCCACCGAGCGACUACUCUCCGCGACCUCGUCUUCGUCCUCCUCCUCCACGGACACGGUCGCUCGAUAUCACUCGUCCUACACGAACGCGGCAGCCACGCAACAGCAGUCAACAGCGUCCAACGAUCGUUUCACCUCCGUCUCUCCGACGCCUGAAACAGCCAGCGGCGAUCGCAAUCCACGCUCGGUGGGAUCGGGAACUGGAACGAGCGGCGGCGUCGGCGGCGGUGGCAGCGGUGGUGUCGCGGCCAGUAAUUCCGGCUAUCAGGGUACGACGAAAAGCAGCGUCGACAAGUAUCUUCAGGUGUCAAAGUCGGUGCAAAGCUACGUUGGGAACGAUCGUUACGGGAGCAAUCCGGCCGAUCAGUUCGACAGGCUCAGCCAGGAUCGUUACGACAGAUUCGCCACCGGUUCAGUCGUCACCGGUGCCACCGAUCGUUUCACACCUUCGUCCGGUACUCCUGAUCGUUUUCAUUCUGCCACUGAUCGGUACUCGCCGGUGCGCGCCGCCGACAAGUAUCUCUCCCUGCCGAAGCCCAAGGAUCGUUACACCGGUCGCAUAACGCCGAUCUCGUCAUGCGGCAACACGGUGGCGGUGGCAGCCGCGGCCACCGUCACCGAUCGAACUUACGGAUCGACCAGCGCCACCGGAAGCUACGUUCCGCCAACCGCGCACACGCCCGUCGAACGAUACGUGCCUCAACCGCCUCCGGAGGUCCUCUACCCGGACAGAUACGUCGACAGAUACGUACCGCCAUCCGCGCACACGCCUACCGAUCGUUACGUGCCCACCAACGAUCCCGCCGAUCCGUACAUGAGGCGAGACCUUGGAUUCCAUCAUCAUUAUCGGCUACCGCCGCCUGCCGGCUACCCGUAUCAUCAGUCCCACUUUCGGCUACGCGGUUUCGCGUACGCGUCGCCGGGACGACUCGGCGGUAGCCCCGGUUCCAGCAGCUCGAGCAGCUCCGCGUCCAACCAGAGGGACGGCUUCUCCAUGUCACCGUUGCUCAGGCCCAAGGUACGCGCUUCCGCGGUCGAGUUCCCGACAACGUCUGCCGGGGUUGUCGCGCGCCACGUCUGCAACAAUCCGCCGUCUUGUUGCAACGAGGUGUCUGGCAACGGCAGGUCCUGCUGUCAGGCGAUCCGCAGGUCUCUGCCACCGGGGGCGCUGCCAUCCAUACCCACGCAGUCUUCCUGAUAUCCGACGAAACGCGAUUCACGCGUUGCGAGUACACGAUGAAGUGCAAGUGAAAUGUCCGACGAGCGUUCCUCGAGCCGGUUUAUCUCCGCUCCACUCGAUGAUGCGUUCUUCCUAGUUCCCCUCUCGCUUGCGCCGCCAAC